AUGCAGUCUCCAUGGACUUCAAUCCUUGGUCGAGACGCCAAACAGCGCAGGCACCGGCUCAAUGGGGUAUCAUACCAGGAAGAUGCCCUCACGACGUUCAACGGCUGGCAAUAUGCCGUCUUUUACUCCACGUGUGCCGCGGAGAGGGCGGAGGCAUUGGAGGAGGCGGAUGCACCGCUGUACCUCCACCUUGCCAGACGACCUCUGACGGAGCAGGCGUGGGAGACAGUCGUCUUCGAGGAUUACCCACAGACGACGGAUGAUGGGCACAACACUGCUCAGGUCGGGAUCUGUCACGGUGACGGAUCAAUCCACCUGUCAUACGACCACCAUUGCGAUACAUUGAGAUAUCGGCAAUCGAUAUUUGGACUCGCGCUGGAACCGGCAAAGCAUCAAUGGGUGGCGAGCCAGUUUACAGGAACUCUGGAUGCAUUGCCGGGUCUGUCGUCGAGGCUCGAGACGUUCCAGGAUGUAUCAUAUCCUCGAUUUCGGUGCGUCGAUGACGACUUGCUUUUCACGCAUCGCUUGGGAAGAGCUGGGCUCGGGUCAGAUGUGCUAUACAGGUACUCCGCGUCGAGCAGAAGCUACACUGCGAUCGGACAGCACCUGACCGGCGUGAACAACAAUCCGUACAUCAACGGGCUAGACUAUCGAAACGGCAGACUUCACGUCACAUGGACAUACCGGGGGUUCGUAUGGUACGAAGGGUGGGACGACCCGCGAGACACGAAGCAUAAGGCACAAGCCGGACCGAACGGCGCAGAGAACAACUACGACAUCUGUUACGCGUACAGCGAUGACGUCGGAAGGACGUGGAAGACCGGAGCAAGUGGCAACACCGUGGCUGAUAUUGAUGAAGGGGAGUCGGUGACCCCUGACACUGAGGGCAUCGUAGCAUUCUCCAUCCCCAAGAACUCGGGCCUCACGAAUCAGGAAUCGCAGGCCGUGGACCAUGUUGGCGGUGUGCACGUCUUGAAUAGAGAUAAGACGGGUGGGAAGCUGCAAUGGAAGCACUACUACCGUUCUCCAUCAGGCCAAUGGUCAUCGACCGUGAUCCCCGGCUUCAACGAGUCGAGCAUUCGCAAAAGGGGCAGCAUUGCCAUCGGGAAGAACAACAAUCUCUACCUAGCGCUACCAGAUAGCGCAACGCAGAGUCUCAAGGUCCUACGAGCCACAUCCUCGACCGGAUACAUGACAUUUGACCAAGGGUGCGACCUGGAAGGCUGCGAAGGGGAGCCGGUUGUCGACAAGGCUCGACUAGAGCUGGACGAUGAGCUGGCGAUUUUGACGACAAGGGUUGUUGAACCGGCGGUGGGUGACUCGGACAGGAACGUCGUGGUUGUUUCUCUAAAGGCGUGGUGA